AUGCGUUUGGCGUCCAGGACCAGGAGCGCGUCCCUACGGCGGGUGCAUCAGGAGAUGCGCGUGUGGCGUCGCUUCUCCCGCCGAGGGGUGGAGAGUGGCAGCGGGGCUGUGCUGUGCUGUGCUGGCGGUGCCAGCAGUGCUCCGCAGACAUCCCUCUUGGAGGCCCGCUGCACACAGGUAUCUCUGUAACAGGAAUCUUAUCCAUCUUCUUCACCAAUAUGGUUUGUGGACUCUGAUGACCCAAAUCUGACAUCAGUUCUGGAACGGCUAGAAGAUUCUAAGAACAACAGCUCGCUUCGUCAGCAGUUGAAGUGGUUGAUAUGUGAACUCUGCAGAUUAUAUAACCUCCCUAAGCACCUGGAUGUUGAGCUGCUAGAUCAACCACUACCCACGGGUCAGAAUGGGACAACAGAGGAGGUGACUUCAGAGGAGGAGGAGGAGGAGGAGAUGGCUGAGGAUAUAGAAGACUUGGAUCACUAUGAGAUGAAGGAAGAGGAACCUAUUAGUGGAAAAAAGUCAGAGGAUGAAGGAAUUGAAAAAGAAAAUUUGGCAAUAUUAGAGAAAAUUAGGAAGACUCAAAGGCAAGACCAUCUAAAUGGUGCGGUAUCUGGGUCUGUACAAGCUUCAGACAGACUUAUGAAAGAGCUCAGGGACAUAUACCGGUCACAGAGUUACAAAGCAGGGUUUUAUUCCGUGGAACUCAUAAAUGACAGUUUAUAUGACUGGCACGUUAAACUGCAGAAGGUUGAUCCUGAUAGUCCUUUGCACAGUGAUCUUCAGAUCUUAAAAGAAAAAGAAGGCAUAGAAUAUAUUUUGCUUAACUUCUCUUUUAAGGAUAACUUUCCAUUUGAUCCCCCAUUUGUUCGAGUGGUGUUACCUGUUCUCUCAGGAGGGUACGUGUUGGGUGGUGGCGCGUUAUGUAUGGAACUUCUCACAAAACAGGGCUGGAGCAGUGCCUACUCGAUAGAGUCAGUCAUCAUGCAGAUCAAUGCCACCCUAGUCAAAGGCAAAGCCAGAGUGCAGUUUGGAGCAAAUAAGAAUCAAUAUAAUCUAGCAAGAGCCCAACAAUCUUAUAAUUCCAUUGUACAGAUACACGAGAAAAAUGGCUGGUACACCCCUCCGAAGGAAGAUGGCUAAAUGUAUUGACUGUCAUAUGUUUGGACCAAUGUUGCUUUAAAGAAAAUCUUCCCACCAUGCAGACCAGCUUUGAGUGCCCCUAUAACAGCAGUACCGAAGACGUUAGCUCAUAGAUAUUUUAGUGGAUAAUUUGUCAACUGACAUCCUGUAUAAGUUUAUAGUCUUCUCAUUUUGCUCAUUUUAGGUAUCUUGGACUCAGCAGUGAGUCCUUUACUGUAUUUUUCUUGAUAAAUACACACACUGGCCACUCCUUAUAUCUCUUUUUCUUGAAAAAUGAAAUCUGUUAAGCAGGCAAGUCAGCAUCAGGUUACUGAAGUUGCGACUUUAGGGUAACUUUUCCAUAAUGAGCUCGUGCAUUACGAGGACUUGCAGUAUCUUAUUUCACUUGGAGCCAAUAAAGGUUUAUUUGGUGUUUAAUAUUGGUUUAGAAAAUGUAAGGUCUAAAUCACAGUAGCCUUUUCAGAUUAAAACAAUUUUAUGAUUUCGCCAAAAUAAUGACAGGAGACCUACUCAAUAAAAUGUUAAACUUUUUUAUGGCCAUGUAAAGAUAUGAGCCAUCUCCCAGAGGAAGAUAUGCUCUUACCUAAGUUGUGUUGUAGUUUUUAGGUAAAGUGAAGCACAGGGUUGGGCCAAGUAAGCUAGUAAGGCUUGUAGUAGCAGUUUCCACUGGGGCAUCACAGUCUUGCUGGGCUGAAUCUGUUUAUUGGUUCAAUAUGUCUUAUGAAGAUCUGCGAUACAGAUCUUGAAGUUAUUUAAAAUACUAAGUCAUUUUACAUUUCCAUUUUAUUAACGGGAUGUUGCAAUUGUUUGUAAACUAAUAAACUUAUAAAGUGAUUGGCACACAGACUCCUUGAGCAAAAGCUGCACAGUGAAGUACAAAAAGAUCCCUAAUUUGGAGACUCUUAAAUUUUUUGCUGUAGUCAUAACAAUGGCUUUUACUUAAAGACUAAUAGGAACUCUAUACAUGUUAAUUCUUUUAUAAAACCUGACCCAAAUCAGUAUACUCUCCAUUUUAUUGCCUUACCUGAAUCAGUCCUAUUUGAUUGGUAAUAGAUUUUUUAUAUGCCCACGUUUGAUUUAAAAGUAACUUCUAGUUAUUAAGCA